AUGACCAACUCGGGUCUCAGUGAGGAAUACGCAAAGCUGCGAAUCAUAUUUUCUGGUCAACGGGACGGUGUGCUGGACGCGUUGCUCUCGUCUCAAGCCUCCAUCUCCUUGGAGACAUCCGCUCAUGAGGAAGACAUCCAAGAGUACUGCCAGCAGAUGUGCAAUCAGAUUCAAGACAAGUUCAAGAUGACCUCGUCGAUGAGGCAGGAGAUCCUCUCUCUCGUCAUCAACGAAGCAAAAGGCAUGUUUUUGUAUGAGCUCGAACCCGGCACAUUUCCACAGGGACUUGAAAAGGCUUUCGAGAGAGUCGUUUCCCGCGUCCUCGAGCAGUCAUCCGAGGCAGAGCGUGAGGAUUCGAAAAGGAUCUUGGCCUUGGUCACUUGUACCAAGAGAGCGCUUUUGUGGAGGGAGAUCCAGGCGUUCUUCUGCAUCGAUCCGGUGAAGGGAGAGGUCAAUUAUGACGAGCGCCUACAGGUCGGCUUCAAGGAACUUUGCGGCUCUCUUGUCGACGCGCAUCAUGUCGGCGGCACUCCUACGGGGCCCGAGGCCGUCAUUCACAUUGUGCACGAGACAGCUCGGCACUAUCUCAUCUCGAGAAACGUGAUUGACACAAGACUUGAGAACGCCAAGCUCUCAAUCUUCUGCUCCCGGUAUCUUACCUCGGAGCCAUUCAAAAAUGGGAUCGAACAGGAUGAAAUUAAGCUGCAUGCAACCCGGGGCUGCUACGCCCUUCAAGACUAUACGGUUCAAUAUUGGUUCCACCAUCUUCACGGAUGUGUGCAGUCUUCUGAGAUGCUGGAUCCAGUUUGGUUGCAAACCUCUCUUGAUUCAGCACAGACCUUCCUCAAGUCGUACAUGAUGAACAGCAACGACGAAACGGGGAACCAUGGCGGCGCAGCUGAAGCCAUUAAACGUCUCUCGGAGGAUGAUCGGGAGCGAAAUAGCCAUCUCAGCAUCGAAUUCCGAACAACUUUGAUCCGUCGAGAAAUCGAGAAGAUCCAGGACGGGCCUCCCACUUCGGCUGUGGAUGAUGUCUUUGAGAACCUCCAUGGAGUCGGAUCAAACUACAAGUGCUUCAAACCCUGGUGCAAAUUCUUCAUGGGAGGCAUUGCAACUGCUGAGGAACGGAAAAACCACGUCAGCCGCCAUGAUCUUCCAUUCUAUUGCACUUCCGACGGCUGCUUUGCGUCGCAGCUAGGUUUUAGCUCGCCUGCGAACCUAAAUCGGCACAAAAAGAACUACCACGACGAGCAAGACGAUGGUGAAAGCAGGUCCAAGGUUAUUGAAUUACUCCUAUCAACGGGCAAUACCGAGAUCAAAUCGGCCUCCUUCGUCAUGACGACCAUGGUGGCUUGGCAGCCUUCGGUAGCAAGGGCGAUACUGUCUGGCUCGAAGCUGAGGUUCAGCGAGUUAGACCUGGCGGAAUGCAGAAGGCGUGAAGAGAAAGCUGGCAAUGUCGAAGUUGCCAAGGCCAUCGGGGAUCUCUCAUCGGAACAGAAACUUAGCACCACAGCAAAGGACCACGGAUGGACUGUAACGCUAGACGCGGCCGCUCACCGCCUGCUUGACAUUGACUUGAUGCACACGUUUCACCACAAUGACGAGGUCUUGUCUGUCUGCUUCAGCCCCGACGGCAAAUACGUCGCGACCAGCAGCAACCAUUCGGUCCAGAUUUACGACGUUCAGACUGGAGAAGUAUAUCGCUAUCUGCUACAUGAGACGCAUUUCUAUGUGCAUAUUAGCAGCCUCUGCUUCAGUCCUGAUGAACACUAUAUCGCCACUGCUGGUGAUGACAAGGUUCUUCGAGUCUGGGACAUUCAACAGGCCGCAGCCCACUGGACAUUAUACGGCCACGAGGCGGAAAUAUACGCACUGGCAUUUGCCCGCAAUGGCCGCAUUAUUGCUUCCGGCGGCGGCGAUGGCACGGUGCGGCUGUGGGAUCCCGAGGCAGGCGUCCACGUUGGAACCCUCAGCAUCGGCGGCUGCGUUACUGCCGUUGCCAUUUCUCCCGAUUCGAAAUUCGUCGCCGUCGCCACCUUUGGCAGCAGCAUAUCUGUCUGGGACAUGCAACAGGGCGCCAUCGUGGAGCACUUCAACGAGGCGGCCCUUGGCGGCGGCCACGAGAACAGCGUGUACGGCGUGGCCUUUUCGCCGGAUGGCCACCGCCUGGUAAGUGGCAGCUGGGACAUGACGGUCAAGAUGUGGGAGCUCAAUUGCUCGCGCAACGUCCUUGAUUUGGAAAGUCGAUGUGUCAGGACUUUCCAAGGCUGCGAGGACCUCGUGCUCAGCGUGGAUGUGAUUCAAGACGCGAGCUGGGUCAUAUGCGGAUCGCAGGAUCGCGACAUUCAUUUCUGGGACACCAACACCCAACGCCAGCAGAUGUCGCUGCAAGCCCACACGGGCUUGGUUCUUUCCGUCGCGGCGAGCCCGCGCGGCGGCUGCUUUGCCAGUGGCUCUAGCGACGGGACGGCACGUAUUUGGUCGUACAAGGAUUAUCCAAGCGUCUUGGACUACGUUAAGCAAGCCUAG